AUGCCUGUGUCACAUCUUACUUUAACCGUCUCCCAUCUCCCCACGUCAACCUCAUUUUUUCUCUCCUGCCUACAACCCUUGGGCUACCAUUUUAUUGGUCGCCAUGACGACUAUAUUGGCUUCGGCCAGAACCCCGGGGAGCCGGCGGAUUUUUGGAUAACAGAGCAGAAACCGGGAGUGCCAGCUGGUGCCGCACAUGUCGCAUUCCCUGCCCCAUCAAAGGAUGCAGUAGGCUCAUUCUUCAUUCAUGCAUUGAAAGCUGGUGGAAAGAUUCAUGGGGAGCCGAAGACCCGCGAUUCAGAAUCUGGUUACUACAGUGCAGCCAUCAUCGAUGUUGAUGGCAAUAGCAUAGAGGCCGUUUACCGACCGAGCAGCUCCUCAGCCAGGUCAGAGGUCAGCAGGUCAGCUUUAGCUCUGCUUGAAAAUGGCUCGGUGGUAUCUAAGGCGGCUCCCUCGAUUGUCUCCAAAGCGACGAGUCGAGCCAGCUCUGUCAAGCCUGAAAGUGUGGCCCCUCCCAGGUCUGAAACCAGAUCAUAUGUGUCCAGGGCGACAACUGCCGUAGAGCGGGCUGCUCCCUUGGAACGGGGAGCGCCGUCGGUCGUUUCGCGCGACAUUCAGCCGGCGCCGUCGCCAACAUAUGUAGUGCAUCAUACCACCCAGAAAACUGACGACGGUAAGGCAGCGAAGACCAUUGUUGGUACUCUUAUUGGAGCUGCUGCAGGCGCAGCUAUUGCAUACGCAAUGUCGAAGGGCGACUCAGAACCCUCCGAGGUUACACCCCCGCCGCGAUAUUCUCCCCGUGAUUUCGCUCAGCUUAUAUCCCCAUCUCAAGCCUCAACGCCCACGCAGGAACUACAAGAAUUUAGAGCUAUCGAGGCUCCCCCUGCCAGAAGUACAUACUCCCAGUCAGAAGUCCGUCCAACCUUGACUCGCAGUGUCACCUCAAAGAACCCUCGUGCAAGCACCAUCUACGAAGGCACCGAAUAUAUUCCACGAGGAGGUGGGGAUAGUGUAUACCUUGAUCAGAAUGGUCGCCGGGCCUCUGAGGGAAGUGUGUACAGCGGCAGCGACGUCCCUAUCAGGGCGAUCGAAUACCAACCACCGAUGGAUUCCCGAGGUUAUGAAAGCACUUUGAUCAGCAGCUUCCUUGACAAGUCACGGGCGAUGGAUUCGGGCAGUGUGUAUUCAUCAUCGACGAUCAAACCGUCCAAGUCAAACUACCAAGACCGUCACUCACCACACAGCUCGCACCAUUCGUCUCGCCACUCAAUAGCAAGAUCCCAUUCCAGCAGCACUAUCUCAGCAACCCGUAGUGCUCGCAACGUACCGCUCCCCGAAGGCUCCAUAGCGUCAUUUGCAUCCUACCGCAGCGGUGCUAAAUCGGGUGUUUCUGCUCGCAACAUUCCACUCCCAGAGAGUGUUUAUGACGAUGUCGACGUCGAAACCAACGUCACUCCUGAUGACUCGAUCAGCCAAGUUGAUGAUUCGAGGAGAUCUUCCGUCUCUCAUCGCUCCCACGCCUCUAAAUCAGCCUCCCGUGUUUCCAAACAUUCCAGCAAAUUUGACGAGCCUGUCAAACCGAGUGACAGUGUGAGUCAGGUCUCCAGUCAUGCCUCCAGAGCGUCACAGCGGACCAUCAAGGCAGGCGGCAACGUAGCGGGAGGCUCCAAAGCGCCAUCCAAGGUCGGCAGCCGGAGGGGAAGUCAAGUUGCAUAGGGAUGAUUUUUGCUCUCUGUGCCCGUCUUGUCUCUUUUUUAUUUCCUCUUCUCUAUGUCUCUACAUCCCUUCUUCUUUUUUCUUGCUCUUUUUCUUCUAUAACGUUCUAUGUUAUGGCGACUUAUAAUCUCAGUGUGGCAUGUUCAUAGCAUCGCAACCGGCGUCUCGUUUGUCAUAUAUUAGGAGAAACUAUCGUUAUUUGGGAUCGAAUUUACAGUCGACCAUGUUUUCAUAUUGAUGAAUACGUCUUAAGAAAGAGGGACAAUACGAACAGGAAGCCUCCAGCCUGACAGAACACAACGCAGAUAGGGAAUGGACCCCAUGAGAUAAAUGUCAUCUAAUCCCCAGCUUUAGGCCAGUGCAUAUUACUAGGUGUCCAGAGAUAUUUACGUUUGUAUAUACCACUGUGAAGUUGUCUUUUUCCCUUGGAACGGCCGCAAAACUAUGUGACAAAUGCACAUGUAGACCUCAGCUCAUACUCAGGAAGGUAAAUUCAAUAUCUAUGGCCAACUUACAUACCCUCCCUAAUAAUAAUAUAUCGCCGGUAAACUGGGUUGGAUUACUACUCUUGCCUCGAUAGUUGCUAUCUGUUAUAAACGCCAACACCAGUACACCAUCACACCGACAUCCUCACACGAUCUCAGAGCCUUCACGACCGU